AUGGCAUGCAUGGCCCUACAAACCCCAUUGCCAUCCCUAUGUAUAUAUCAAGAUUGCCCCUUAUGUUUCUCCACCAGUGGAGGAAAAGCAGUAUUAGAGCUAACUGAAACAGUUCAAGACCAUCUGGCUUGCAUACUCACCAACACCAGUGCUGGUUUGUCUAUAGUUUCAGAUUUCUUCAUUAGCAAGUACCAAAUACCCACAAAACCCACAAAAACAAGAUCGAUACAUGGUGUCACUGGACACCAGCUCACCAUCAACAGUUCAGUGACGAUACAGGUCACUAUUGGUGAGCACAAACUGGGAGUUGUAGAAGUCUUGGUGGCCAAUACCACUGACUACAACCUCAUAUUAGGCUUCACAGAGCUAAGGAGGCUCAAGCCAACUAUACAUUGGGACAUGGGUCAACUAGAGUUCAAAGCCCAAACACAGGAGAGCACUGAGGAAGGCACAGGAGAGGCACGGAAGCAGCUACCAGGAGUAGCUGGAACUGGGGUGUUGAACACAAAGUCAGCAGAAUCUGCCAGAGUUAUGGGAGUAUUACCAACUUCAGCAAAAACUGCCGUAACACACGAGUUGGAGGAAAUUGUGAUAGACACAGGUCUAUCACCAAAUUCAAGGAAUUUGACUGUAACAAGCUUCUAUGGCGAGCAACCCAAAUGUCCCACUAUACAUGGGAAUGAGUUUGUUUUGGCAGAAUGUCUGAUAUGGGCUGCCCUUGAAGAUGGACCCAUUGGGUUCAUGUUGUUGGAUACUCUCCCCUCAUUGCUGCUGGCUUUUGGGUUUGUACCUACUGGAGCUGACAGGGGUGUAGAAAUGGAAGCUGAAGUCAAUAAGAAGGAGGUGUUUGAUGAGAUGGAAGCAGAUAAGCUGCCCCAACACACUGAGCAUGAUCUCCACCUCGAGUUGAUGGAAGGAAGUAGGCCACUGCAAGGCCCACUGUACCUCAAGGGACCCAAGGAGAUGGCUGAGUUGAGAAAGUACCUGAAUGAGAACCUCGCAAAGGGGUUCAUACAACCAUCAAAGAGCCCUGCAAGAUCACUGGUGCUCUUCAUACCAAAGAAAGAUGGAGGCCUCAGACUCUGCAUGGACUAUCACAGCCUGAAUGAGAUCACCAUCAAGAACCAGGUGCCAAUGCCACUCAUUGAGGAGCAGCUGUUCCUGCUUCGAAAGGCAAAGAUCUACACCAAGUUGGAUUUGCAAGUGGCAUACAACCUCAUCCACAUUGUGAAGGGAGAUGAAUGGAGGACAGCAUUCAGCACACAGUUAGGACUCUACAAUGACACUGAAGAAGAACAUGUGCAGCAUGUUACACAGGUCCUCCUCUGGUUAAGGAGCAACCAGCUGUUUGCCAAGCUGUCUAAGUCCCACUUUGCACAAAUUGCCAAACCACUAACUUCCCUGGCGAAACCAGUGGAAUGCUUCAAGAAGUUUGAGUUGCCAGAAGAUGCCCAACAGGCUUUCCACAAGCUCAUACAGGCAUUCACAAUGGCUGGAGUGCUAAGGCACUUCAAUUACCAUCUCCCAACAAGGUUGGAGAUGGAUGCAAGUGACUUCCCCAUCACCAGAGUGCUCAAACAAGAGCAUGAAGGAUGCUGGCACCCCAUAGCUUUCUAUUCAAGGAAGAUGUUGUCUGCUGAGAAGAACUAUGAGAUUCACAACAAGGAACUCCUCACCAUGGUAGCAUGCCUCACCCAGUGGUGA